UUUUCAUAAAUGUAUAUUUUAAAUUUUAAAAACCUUUUUUCGAUAGAUUACCCGGCUCGUAAUAYGGUCUAUUAUCAGUCGUCGGACCCGACAAUAAGUCGGCAGGGUGAAUAACCGACAAGCGUCCUGUAGGCUGUAAUGAAGGUAGCCCGACUAGGCACUAGCCCGCCCCGAACACCGCCGAUAUAACCUCCAAAUGUGUACAUUGUCGUCGCGUCUUAUCAAAUUUUUAUCAAUUAAAACGAAAAAAAUUCUCUAGUGCAUGUUUUCCGUGUUAGUGGAACUGCGAAAGACUAUGGCUUGAGUUCGGGACGAAUUCGGCUCCACGAAAGAUUUCAGGUUUUACCUCCAAAAACGCACUUAUCGCCGUUCGCCAUGGACGGUGAAGACUUUUUGACGGAUCAACAGGCAAAGUUUGAUGAUGAUUUUGAAGAAGAAAUUUAUGAUGAAGACAAAUAUGAUGCUCUUAAUGAUGAGACUUUUGGGAAUGAUAUGUCAGAUGGUGAUUGGGAAGCAGAUCAUGAAAAAUAUGCUAAAUAUGAUGAAGUUUCUAAAAAAAAAUGGCCUGAUGGAACAGAAGUCAAUGAUUAUUUAGCUGACUCUAUUCAACCUGAUCAAAAUGUAUUUGCCGAGUCUUUAAAAUCAUUACCAGAUUUAGAAAGAGAACUAAGACAGUUACAUACAUUUAGCCACCAAUAUGAAGUACCGCCUUUACCAUUACCUUUCCAAUAUCAAAAUAAUCUUAAUUUUGUUAAUCAAAAUUAUGGUAUUAAUUUACCAAGUAAUAAUUGUGGUCCAAUUAGAAGACCAAUUCCAGUUCAAGGCUCAAAUCCUAUACCACGAAAUGUUUUCAACGCACCUCCCGGGUUCAGAGAAGUAAAUGUAAAUGGACAUAUAGACGAUAUUUUGACUAAACCUCCACCAAAAGUAAUUUCAUCAGCCAUAAGUGUAGCUGACUUGGAAAGACAAUUGAUUGACGCAGUAAAAGUAAGCCCAUCAUAUAACCAUCCUGUACCAGAGGUAAACCAAGGAUGUUUACCUUUUUCUCCGUAUUAUAAACGUGAGAUUCCCCAGUACAAUUUACCAAACGUUCGUGUUGUACCAAAAAAUUUUCCAAGGAAUAAUAAUAACGUUCCAAGAAACCCAAUAAAUAACGUUAAGAGAUUUAAUACAAACAUGGGAUAUCAUAAUUUUCCUAAAAUGAAGAAUUACACAUUUGAUGAGCAGUCGGAUUUGACUGAUUAUGGCGCUGGGUUUAUGACUGUGAGAGAAAAACAUUGGUUGGCUGGAAUACAAACCAUACAGUUCCAUAAUAGUAACCCAUUAGAAGAAGAUUACUAUUUUACGAUGUAUCAAAAGCGUCAUCACGGUUCAAGUGGACCAAAACCCAACAGUAAUUUUCAUCAACCAGAUACGCAAACCAGAUUUAACAAUUCAUAUACUCAAUUACACUUUGAAAAUUCUUUAGGAAAAGUCUUGAUUGGUAGUGUGAUUACUCCAAGAAAGAUGAUUGAUAUAGAAACAAAUGAUUUUGCACCUUCUUCUGCAUCCUCUACAGAUCGAGCUGUAGUUGCCCAAAAAAAUUCAAAACAAAUCCUUUUAGAAAUUGAACAUAUGUAUGUACCAUUACUGAAAAUAGAACAAACAUACUAUGCAAUAAGAAACAAAGCACAAGCAGCGCCCACUGUACAACAAUAUAUUGAUGAACUAACAGAAAUUUUGUCCAACCAUUUACAUCAUUUAGUUUCGUAUGUGACUAUACGUAAAGGAAAACAACUGGUGCACAGAAUUUUACCGCAUCUCAAAAAUCCAUCAUUUUUAUGGAGUGUAUUUUUUGGCCCUUCAAUUUGUACAAUAAUUUCAAAAGAUAGUGAAGAUCAAUUAUUGUUACUAUUCUUGCCGUACAUAAGACAAUGGAUAUUUUGCUUAUGUCUUGUGGAGUUGAAUCAAAUUGCAGAGUAUUUAAUGAAAAAUCUUGCAUUUGUUUUAAUAAGUGUUUUUGGCAUAUCAGUUAUAGCAAAUAUGAUUGAACGAGCAGAAGAAGUUCGACCCACAACAGAACGAAAAAUAUUGAAACAAUGGAGUAUUUUCAUUAAUAAUGUUAUAUUAGUUGGUUCAGAAAAUACAAUACAAAGACCAGUUAUUGGUUUAGAUAGAAAAAUUCUUGAACAACACCUCACAUAUUUGCCACUAGAGCAAUCCAUUACAAUUGAAAAAAAAUUAAACCUCAUUCAAAGAAUUAGUUUCUUGGGUGACACAACUAAGAAAUAAUUACAAUUUAUGACAUAUAUGAUUUUACUUUUAUGUAGUAACAGUGGGCACUAUUAUCAUUGCAUAAAAGUAUACCACAAUGAAUAUAUUUAUUUGAGAACCUCGGAGAAGAUUGUAAUCUCUCUGGCACUAUACUUUCCAGAUAUCUGAAUGUUGGUUUUGAAAAUAAUAUUGGAAGUUUUUUUGAUUCAAAAUUAUUAAUCUUAUUGUGCAUUCUUACACUUGAGAUUUUGCUAGGUUUAUACAUUUUUUCAAAUUCACCUUAAACUUGUUCUCAGCUCUUUAAUACUUAUUACAAUAUGAAACAAUUUUUUUAUAUAAUUAGGUAAUUUCUAAGCUGAUAAUCAAUUUUA